GGCACCUCUCGUUGGUACAACCGGGUAGAUGGAGGCACCGAUUUCUAGUGUGGACUUCAAACAAGUUGUGCACGGGGUAGGUGCGUGUAAUUAUAGGAGAGCAAAGGCUGACUGAAUGUUCCUUAAAAUAAAUCACUAGGAAUGCGCGAGCGACCUAAGAGUGUAAAUGCUCCCCUGAAAGUUAAAGAAAAUGAGAGUGUAUGUCCUGAAGAGAAGGAGGAGGCCUCUUUCUGUGAUCUGCCAAAAGACCAGAAGAUUCACAAAGUGACUAAAUCAAAAGUCAUCAAGGCAUCCAAGAAGGAAAAUGUCAGUGAUGGGAACCAAGCGCAGUUGCAAGAAUGCACCCGGAGAUACAGCACAGGCCUUGAGAAGGAAUCAUGCCACAACAAAGAAGAGUAUGGUAGCUGUCAGCAUACUCAGAGCUUUUCUGAUACACCACCAAGGGAUGUGGUUGGUGAACCUCCCUUGCCUUUGAACAGCAAGGAAAAUUUGUCACAAAGGAGGCCUUUUUCUUUGGGUAGUGAAUGCUACUUGACACCUAAUAGGGACAAAGCAGAAGAAUCUGAUUAUGGAAUAUCACAGAAACAGAGGAAAAAACCUGUUGAUUUUGCAACUGUAACAACUGGUGAAUUUGGGAUUAUUCAAGAAAGCUUCACUAUACCAUCUCUUGGGAAAUCUCCAACUCCAUUAAAAUUUAGCCGAAGGUCAACAAUUGGAGUACGGGGGUCACCAGAAAAUAACGCCCUUAUUCAGUACCUUGCCCAGCAGAGAAGCAACAGGAAAAAAACAGCUUUUGCACAGCAGGUUAGUCCUUUUAAACACGAACAUGUCAGGUCGUUGAAGGACAAGAUAGAUGCUUUUCAAACAUCUUUUAAAUCAGUACAAGAAGCUGAAGGGGAGACUGGCUCCUCUGGACCGUCACACGUGGAUGCUACUUCCCAGGGAGCAGGCUCUUCUCAGAACAAAGUACGUUUUACAGAAGAGCAGAACCCGGGUCAGUGCAGUGAAAAGUUUGUGUCAGGUGACAAUGGAGGUGAUGUGAAAGAGAAUCCAAGACAAAAUUUGACCAGCAGCAGUAAGCCUGAUACCAAGAUCCACAGCAUCUUGUCUUCAUGCCAGGAUGCAACUGUCACUGAACCUGCUGCUGCUGUUUCAAAGGAAUGGGUUUAUGAGCAACAUAAUCCUAUUGAGUCGUUGGAGACUGUUGUAAUUAAAGAUGUCUUAGAAACAGGCCAUGAUUCCAGUUGUGAGCACAUCACUAAAGACGUGACAAAUAACGUUAUAUCAGAUCUAAGCAGAAGGAAAGUCAGCUUUGCAGAAGAGCCCAGCCUGGGAAUGUGUGAUGAAAGCAAGGCAGCAGUCACACCACAACACACGGGAAGGGGUUCCCUACGUGCGCGCAGACAGAGCGGCUCCCUCUUGCGAUCCGUGCUGAAGAAAACGCCGACCAAGGAAUACUCAAAUGUGAUUGACAGUGGAGGAGGUGAAUCUCUUGCAGUCUCCAAUUGUGCAGAAACCUUUGAAGCAGUGGAAACAGAGAAAACAGAAACGUGGAGCUCUAAAAACCCGAAGAAGAAGAGAGUCACUUUUGGAGAAGUCCUAAGCCCAGAAAUAUUUGAUGAAACUUUACCUGCGAAUACUCCACUGCGCAAAGGAGCAACCCCAGUCACUCAUCCAGGCCUACAAAGCAACAGCCCUUCUGCAAGGCCAAGUCUCCUUGAGGAACCGUUCCCCCAGCCGAACUUUGAUUGCAGCAAUGAAUGUAUUGAGCCUCUUCAAGAGUCGCUGGAGUGUUCUGUUGCUGCAAAAGACCUUUCACCUGUUGAAAAUGCAGAAGCAGAAAGUGACAAAUCUGAUGUGACAAAAACUCAUUAUUCUACGAAAAGGAAGUGUAGCACCAUUUCAGAGGGAACCGAUUUCAGCAUCUCAAAAGCCACAAGUACUCAGAAUGCUAAGGAUACUCAAAAUCCAGGAAAGGACAAGGUUCAAAGACAAAGGAACGCAACCACAUCUGCUGCCAAAAAGGCACAAAAAACAAAACAUACAGGCUAUGGGAAAAGAAGAAAGAAAAAAGUAAAAAAAUCUUUAUAUGGGGAGAGAGAGAUGGCUUCUAAGAAACCUCUUCUCAGCCCUAUCCCUGAAAUUCCAGAGCUUUUCUCUUCUGCCUCAUCUUCCAACUCAACAAAGGCAACUGCGUUUUUUUCAGAGGAUGUGUUUUUAGAGGAUACCAAAUCUGGAAAUGCUGGCAAGGAUGUUCAACAGAAGCUGGUGGCUGAAGGAAUAGGAGGGAAGAACACCCAUGUGGUUCAUGCAUCCUCAAGCUCUGAGGACCUGGAUGCAGGAGAAGCCAGCAGUCCCAGUGACACGGUGUUCCAGGUGCCAGAGGGUGAUCUGGAGUCUGUGUCUGGCAGUGAACAGGAGUUUUCAAACAUUGUGCCAGAUGCAAAGUGUGGUUUUGAUACAUCUGACUCUUUCCAACAAGGUGAAGAGACUGCAUGUGUAAAAGAGGCAAAAGAAAGUGGUUCCUUCAUAGAAAAUGAGAAAUUACAAGGAAAUCUCCUCGAUGAGGCAGAGCAGCUAACAGGGCUGGAGUUUCUGCACCAACAGGACAUGAGUGAAUAUGCAGAUGCCCAAAGAACUCAGUGUCCAGAAAAAGAUUCUGCAAGAGGUGGUCCACAAAGAAGAAGAAGAAGAAGCAGUGCCAUGUGUUUCCUUCCUGUUGGAAACUGUCUUCCAGUUUGUUCUUAUAAUGUGGAAGAAAUCUUCUCUGCUCCUCAGCUAAAAAAUGACUCCUUAGAGCCUUUUAGAAAGAAGAGCGAUAACAGUGGUGGAAAGAGAGUGAGGCGCAGCAUGAGACUACAUAAAGAUGCAGAAGUUGAAGGACUUGCAUGGAUUCAAGUACCCAGUGAGGUCCAGAAGAACCCUCCCCUAAUAGCUUCUGCUUGCAAAACCAGGCGAACAAUAAGUACGUCCACCCUUACAGAAUCUGAGAACAUUCACUAUAAAGGACAAAAUCUUCUCCAGUUUUCAGCACCAGGGAAGAACAGUGGCUCUGUUAAUCUUGCUGAUGGGCCUUGCAAAAGAUGGAGGAGGAGAAGCAUGUCUGUACUCCCAGCUCAAGAAACAAGAACUUGCUCUCCAACCCGAAGAAGGAGCAGAAGACAUUCUGUAUAUAGGAAGGACAGAAGUAACCAGAAUCAUGAUGAACAAGUAGAAAUACCUCUUGAAAAUAACUCUAACAUUUAGUGAGGUUUCAGCUAUCUGACUGUGUGAAGUGAAGAUUUCAAAAAUAUCCAAAAAAACCCAACCCCUUGAGAUGCUCUGCAAAUAAGAAAGAAAUCACUUCUGGCUUGAAGGAGAGGAGUAGAAAGCGGGGAAGCUGAUACCAUCUUCUGAAAAGACUUUGCUUUACCUUCUGGGCACGAGCAAGGGUAGAGGUCCUAUAAGUAAGGCUGAGUUUUGUGUUAGAAUUAAUGAAUUCUGGUUUCUGCUGGGAAGGUUGGGCACUAGGGGAAAAAAAAAAAGCUUUUAAAUCUCUGUUGUAUUUAACAUUAAUUUAAAAAAAAAUAAAUUGGUUAAGGAGAGUGAAACAUUCAUCAUACAAUAAAGCUGUGCUCCAUCUCUGAGUGUAUCCAAGCUUUGGUGUAUGUGUACUAAACACAGUGCAUAUUCUCCAGUAGUUGACCUGUUGUCUUGCUGUUUUCGUUUUUCUAGUCUGAACAAUGUAAUAAAAAGUGAUGACUGUAGGUGGUCUCCUUGCACAUUUGCUGUUGCUUUCAUUUGUCAUCCUGUUGUGUUUCAGCCAUAGUGAAAUACCUGUGCCAGCUUGAAGGAAAUAGCUUUCCAUUGCAAAUGAUCUCUGCUGUGACCUUGGUUUUAACGUUAUUGGUGUGGAAUAAAAUACUUUAUGUA